ACCAUAUCGAUCAUGGCUCUGACGAGAGCUUUGUGCUCCGCUGAGGCGUAGCAAGGGAGAAGUGAAAACCUCCCCUCUAUCUCGUCGAAAUCCUGAGCAGUCGUUCAAUGCCAUUGCACUCAAAAGAUCUUCACAAUGCAGUCAAUGGAGGAUGCAUUCACGACAAUAUUUGAGACACCCGAGCGCAACGGUCAAACACACAACAUCUUCUUGAUCCACGGGUUUGCGACGAAUAAGUUCAUCUAUUUCCGCGAGGUUUUAGAGAACUGGGUUUCAAAGUCCUCCAGAACCGCGAAUAAGCCUGUGCUCGUUCGUGCCUUCAGGUUCGAUGCGACGAGCGUCAUCGAAGAUGGUUCCAAGGCUCUAUUAGGAGAGUCCAAACGUCUUCGGGACUCCUUGACGAGAUGGGUAGAAGACUCUCAAAGCGAAGGCUCCACUGCUGCCACCGCAGCGAUGUCGAUGGAUACGCGUUCGGAAACCAUAUUUUUCAUUGCUCAUGGCCUAGGUUCCUGGAUUGUGAAAGAUGUUCUAGCCUCGCCAAGCAGCGGAAGCAUUACAUCGGCCCCUAUAGAUGUAGCCCUCAUGGACGCUGCAGUCGUGCAAAAUUCAUCAGACAAACCAUACGUGGAUUAUCUACAACGUAUGAGCAACAAAAUCGGCUUUGGGGAUUCUGUAAAGGAUUCCUAUGAAAGCCUAUCAUUAAUCUCACGCGAAAUUGACGACAAUUUCGAGAAAUUUAAGAAGCAUCACGUUAGCGAACAUCCUCAUUUACACAUCCGAUACUAUCCAGUUAUCGAAAAAUCAAUAUGGCUUGCAGAACCACCUUUGGUCGAAGCUAGAGAGACAAUAAGUCACCCAACGAAUUAAGAGCCAACUUUUGAGACUAACACUCAUAGCAAACACUAACGGAUCGCUUUCUACGCUUAUUUUGGCCGCCCAAUUACGACAAAGAAGUCGCAAGAUUGGACUCUAUCAAACUUGUCGAGGCUAUUGAAAAAGUGUUUACUCC